GGUUUCUGUGGCCAUGAAAGCUGGAGGUCUAGCAGCGCUCCUGGCACAGACCGUCGUGGCCGGCGACGUCAACGCCUGCUGUGGGGUGCUGCGACGCAUUUUUAGUGAAACCUUGCAGAGCGACGUCAUGACGCUCGCGCUAAGGGCGCCGCGGUCGCCGGGUCGACAGUCGCCACACGGGCCGCCACAACUCUCCUCCUCAGCCUCUUCCUCCUUCUCUUCGGCCGUCGUCUCAUCCCAGCCUCAUCCCGCUACGCGGGCGGGGAAGUUGCACCAGUCCCUGUUGUCCUCCGCACGAAUUAGCGGCUCCGCCAGCGUCACUUCCUCGCUCGCGUCCGCCUCCCCCGCCGCCAGCUCUCAUGUUUCCAAUGCGGUGCACAACGAUGUCGUCAACUUCGCCCGCUACGCCCAAUCCCAACGCGCGCAGGCGAACUCCUUCGCGAAUGCGGCGGCGCAGGCGGUGUUGCGCACCGCCUUUACCCCGCGCGACGGCACCGUACGCGCAGGCACGGGGGAGGUGGCAGCGGCAGCAGGGGCGGCGGUAGGCACCUCAGCUGCGUCAUCCCCAUCCCCACCAGCGAUCCGCAGCGACGACACCAACUCUCUCGUGGAGCGAGUCUGGGCGCUCGCCAAGGCCAGCCUGCGCGACGACCCCACCCUCGUCAAGGCAUCGUCGGUGCAGGUGCUGUGCCACGCUACGCAGCGCACCGGCUUUUGGCAGGAAGCGUUGCAGUUCUGCGAGCACCUGCCGCGGCCGCCCUCCCCGCUCUUUCUCUCCUCGCUGCUGCGGCCGCAUAACGUGCAGCCCGUCUUGGCGCACUGCGCGCAGCAGGGGUGGGCGCUGGACGUGACAAACGCCAUACGGGUGCUGGCGGAGGAGCACGGGAGCUGGUCCUCUGCUCUGGCGGUGGCCCAAGACGCCGAACAUCGCUUCCCGUACGGCGAGGUGUAUUCUCUCGGGGUGCUCAUCCCCUACCUCGCGGCCGGUGGUGAUGCGGCGCAGGCGCGACAGCUCUUUGAAUCUGGUGUGGCUCAAGGUGCCUUGGUGGACGCGGCGCUCAUUCAGCACCUCAUCAUGCAGACGGCCGCGCUGAAGCAGUGGGAGACGUGCCUGCACAUGCUGCAGUGUCUCUACCGCACGCAGGAGACGGCCCAGCUGCUGCCGACCGACGUGGACUUCUUCCGUCAGCUGAUGGAACUGUCUCCGAGCUGGGUGACGUCGCUGCGACUCCUCCACAUCGCGCGUGCGUCGGAGGUGAAGCCGGACGAACGAACCGUGGCGAUUUUGCUGACCCAAUGCGACAAGGCAGGAGCCUGGCGUGAGGCGGCCGCCGUGUACGACAUGGCGGUGAAGGAGGACUUUAUUGACAGUCUCGCCGUCGGCUCGAUGUACCAGACGCUUGUGCGGUCGUUUAGCGCGAUGCAGCAGUGGCAAAAAGCGCUGGAGGCGCUGUCGUGGAUGUCGAAGGCCGGUGACGCGUCGUUCACGGCUGGCAUGAGCGAGUUGGUGACCCUGUGUGAGCAGUCUGGGCAGUGGGAGGCCGCGCUGACGGUUGGGGCGUCGCUGAUGGAGUCUGGCACGCACCUCUUCUCCUCACAGACGUCGAUGGCGCUGCUCUUUGCGUGUGCGAAGGGCGCGCAGUGGGCAUUUGCGAUGCGCCUCUUCGACGCGCAGCUGCACGACGUGCGUGUGAACCCGCACCCCCUGUCCCUCUGUGCCGCGAUGCAGGCGUGCAUAUCCGCCCGCCAGUGGCAGGCCGCCCUGCGUGCUUAUCACGAAGCGCAGGCCGCACAGCCGCGCACCGUUGUGCCGCCCCUCGCCCAUCGCAUGGCUGUCAAGGCGUCUGUAUUGGGCCACCAGUGGAGUCAGGCCAUUGCCGUGCUCGAGACGAUGCGCCAAGAUGGACUUCCGCUGGACAACAACAGCCAGCGUCUCGGUCUGUGGGCUGCCGCAUUGCAGGGGCAGUGGGAGUUGUCGCUCGCCUUUUUGAAAGGCAUCCCGCGCCGGUCCCGCACCCCGCAGGACCGCCUGGUGGUGCGGAACGCGGCUCGUGCGGUGAGUCCAGCUGUGGACGCGAUCGCGCUUCGGCUCUUGCAGUCUCGCUGA